AUAGUAGUAACAUGCUGAUAGAUGAUUGAAUCUAUAUAAAAUUCUAAAACACAGCAAUCACAACAUUUGCUCAAGAGUUGAAUAAUGAAAAAGCAAACUCAAUUUUCAUGUUCAUAUGUACAAACACUAGUAUCAAUAUUUUGUUCAAUCCUUCUUCUUUUCCAUCAAAAGUGUUUAGCAAAGCAUCACCAACCAUGUCCAGCAUCAUCAUGCGGGAAAAUACAAAACAUAACAUAUCCAUUCCGUCUCAAAACCGAUCCAAACCACUGCGGCGAUACAAGGUACGAAUUAGAUUGCGAUGAAAAUGGUGCAUCAUUAACUAUGUUUUCUGGUAAAUAUUAUGUUCAAGAUAUAGAUUACACGAGAUUUAAAAUUUCAUUAAGUGACGCGGGUGCAGUGGAAGAUGCUAACUGUUCUUUCAUCCCACGGUACUUUUUAUAUGAUCGAAGUUUCAAUAAUGUCCUCUUUGGUGAAGAGGAUUUUGGAUCUGAUCAGCCGUUCGUUUUGGAUCCGAUAAAUCCAACGAGAAUCGCGUAUUUCAAUUGUUCUAAUCCAAUAAAUGAUCCACGGUACGUUAAGGUGGGCACAAGUCGUUGUAGCAUACAAGGGAAUAGUCAUGUGUAUGCAGUUUUGGAACCAUCUUUGUUUGAGUAUAGAGUUGAGGACAUUAAGGUUGGGUGUGAUUUUAUGGUGGCUACGUUAGGUAAGGAACUGUCGGAGGAUACGAAAGGGAAGGUUUCUUAUGAUGAGAUUCGUGGAAUGAUAAUCGAUGGCGUUGAGGUUUCAUGGUUGCCUGUGAUUUGCGAAAGUCGAUGUGGAAAAGGGACGAGUUGUAAGGUUGUUGAUGAAAAAAGUGGAGAAGUUCAAUGUGAUAAGCGCUUCUGUCAUUAUGCAUACCAAACAACGGAUAAGUGCGAACUUCAGCACCAGAUAUUCGGUUAUACUCGAGCAUAUCUUAGAGGCAUUUUUAUUGGACUUGGAAGUAGGGUCACAUUUAGCACAAGACAAUUGGACAACCCAGUUGGACUAGAAUAUUUUGAUGGAGGAAUAUUCAUAGGAAGAAAUGUUAUACCAUUAUUCAUAGCAGCCAGAAUUCUUUUUGGAGUUAUGCUUCUUCUGGUGCUAUUUAUCUAUAAAUGGAGAAGAAGACAUGUAUCAAUGUAUGAUAACAUUGAAAACUUUCUGUUAGAAAGCAAUCUAAAUCCGAUUCGGUAUGAAUACAAAGAAAUCAAGAAGAUGACAGGAGGUUUAAGAGUGAAAUUAGGUCAAGGAGGUUUCGGUGCGGUAUACAAAGGAAAGCUAAGAAGUGGACCCGAUGUUGCGAUAAAGAUUUUGACAAAAACCAAUGUUAAUAAUGGACAGGAUUUUAUUAAUGAAGUUGCGACUAUUGGAAGAAUACAUCAUGUUAAUGUAGUACGUCUUGUCGGAUAUUGUGUUGAAGGAAAAAAGAGUGCAUUGAUAUACGAAUUCAUGCCGAAUGGAUCGUUGGAUAAAUACAUUUUUCCUAAAGAAGGGACUAUUCCUUUGAGUUACGAGAAAAUAUAUGAAAUAUCUCUUGGAAUAGCUCAUGGAAUAGCGUAUUUGCAUCAAGGUUGUGAUAUGCAAAUUCUUCAUUUUGAUAUCAAGCCUCAUAAUAUUCUUCUAGAUGAGGAUUUUGUUCCAAAGGUUUCGGAUUUCGGACUUGCAAAACUAUAUCCUGUGAACGAUAGCAUUGUCCCGUUAACAGCUGCAAGAGGAACAUUGGGUUACAUGGCUCCUGAAUUGUUCUACAAAAAUAUUGGUGGAGUGUCUUACAAGGCCGAUGUAUAUAGCUUUGGAAUGCUUUUGAUGGAAAUGGCCGGUAAGAGAAAGAAUUCCAACCCUAACGCGGAACAUUCGAGUCAACAUUACUUCCCGUUUUGGAUUUACGAUAAAUUUAAAGAAGAGAAAGAUAUUGACAUAAUGGAAAAUGUCUCAGAAGAGGGAAUGCCUAUAGCGAAAAAGAUGUUCAUGGUUGCACUUUGGUGUAUUCAGUUGAAACCGAAUGAUCGUCCUUCAAUGAACAAAAUAGUAGAGAUGCUUGAAGGAAAAACCGAAAGCCUUGAAUUGCCUCCAAGGCCUUCUUAUUAUCCAAAUGAAAAUUAUAAACAUCAAGAUGAAGUGAACUCUGACCAAACAUCAUGGAGUGAUAUCUCUAGUAUUGGCCAAACCUCAACUAAUUACUCAUUGGACAAUGGUUCUUGACAAGACCAUGUUAGUAGAAUAUUGAUGAUGUUAUAGUGUGAAAGUUUCUACUUUGAAUCUA